AUGAAGUUAGGAAUACAUUUUGGAUAUGUAAUAGCAGGUGUAAUAGGUUAUCACAAACCAUAAUUUUCCUUAAUUGGAGAUACUGUAAAUACUGCAAGUAGGGUUUGUAGUACUUCAGAACCUGGAAAUGUAACUAUUUCUUAAUCCGCAUUUACAAAAGUUAAAAAUUGUAAAGAUAUUAUGUUUACAAGAAGAAUUAUAGAAGCUAAAGGAAAAGGAAAUUUGGUCACUUAUCAGAUCAAAAACGAUUUCUAAAGAGUAAUCGAAGCAAAGAAGAAUUCUAAUUUAGGUUAAUAAUAAAUUCUUCAUGUUUAUCACUAUUAAGAAAUAAAUUAAAAUAUUGUUGUAUAACACAUUUAAAAUUUUUAAAAACCAAUUAAACUUUAAACAUAAAAACUUAAUUAGCUAUUUGAACUUGAAUUUAAUAGUUUUACUAAAAAUUAAAAUGAAUAAUAUAAUUUAUAUUUUAAAGACAUAAUAUUUUUUUCUAAUUAAUUAAAAAAAUAAGAUAUAAUUGAAGAAUUUUUUUAAAACUAAAUAUAUGAGUCAUAAACAAGGCAACCUAUUGAAUAUUAAAUGUGGUUUAUAUAUCAAUGUAUAAAAGUAAUUUCCUUUCUAGUAGUAAAUAUAAAAUUAAUAAAAUUAUUUAUAUAAGUAAUGAUAAUAAAAUGUUUUCUUUUACUAUGUCAUCUAAUUGUAUUAAUUAAAUAUAAACAAAUAUUAUAGAUAAAUUCUUUAAAAAAAACCAAGUUAUUAAUUUAUAGUUUCUAUAUUUUUUAACAAUUUAUAUUUCUAUUCGAAACAUUUUGCAUAGAUUUUUCCUAAUACAAAUUUUCAUCUACAUUUCAAAAAUUAGACUCUUAUUUUACUUUUGUGAUUUAUUCUUAAUUCUAUACCCAAUAUUUUAUUGAAAAAGUAAUAAUUUUCCUCAUUAUAAUUCUCUUAGAGAUAAUUAUAUGCCUCCUAAAGGCAGAGUAUUAUAAUUUAAUUUAAUUUUUAACCAUCUCUAUAUCAGGCGCUGUUUAUCAUUUAAUAAUGCAUUAUUUAAUUAUAUAAUUUAAAAUCAAAUGUUUUAAUGAUUUUAGAAAUUUGGAUUUUAAAAAACAUUUAUAUAAACGUUUUUUAGUUAAUCUACUCCCGUCUCAUUUAAUGGAUUAGUUUUUAUUAUAAUAGAAUGAAUAAUAAAUCUAAUUGAGUGAUGUUUUGGAAAAAACGACUCUUCUAUUCGCUGAUAUAGCUGGAUUUACAAAAUAUUGUUCAGGCUAGGAUCCUGAAAAAGUCCUUCAUAUGUUAUAAAAUAUAUUUGUUAAAUUUGAUAAAUAAUGCAUAAAUCAUGAUGUUUAUAAAGUCUAUACAAUAGGAGAUUGUUAUGUUGUCAUGGGAACAAUAAAUGCAAAGAAACGCUAGUAUGAAGUUGAGGCUAAAAAUGUUAUUAAUAUGGCUUUUUCAAUGAUAAAAAUUAUAUAGAUCGCCUAAAAAGAAGGUUUUCCAGAUAUUGAUAUGAGAAUAGGAAUCCAUACAGGAAAUGUAAUAGGAGGAGUAAUAGGAACAGAUAUUGUUAGGUAUGAUAUAUAUGGAGCAGAUGUUUUAAUUGCAAAUAAAAUGGAGUCUAAUGGGGAAAAGGGUAAAGUUAUGAUAAGUGAAGCUACAUAUUAAUUAGUUUAUGAGUCUUUUGAAAAUAUAUAUUAAUUUAUUGAAAGAAAGGAAAAAGUAGAAAUAAAAGCACCUUUAGAUAGGUUUAGCGAAUGCUUUUUUUGA